GCCUGAGGGGACGCGCCUGCGCACUGGAUGCGAACUCGCUCUAAUCGCUGUAGUCGGGGCUCGGGACCGGCUGCCAUCUUAGUGGAGGGACCGAGGAGUCGUCGCCGCCCCGAGUCCCGGUAACAUGCAUUUCACAGUGGCCUUCUGGAAACAACGCCUUAACCCAAAAAAGUGACUCAGCCAGUGAAAACUUCAGGUUUGCUGUCAUAUUGAUGGUAUGUCUGACAGUGGAUCGCAGUUUAAUUCAGUGGGUAGCUUGACCAUGAAAUCACAACUUCAGAUCACUGUCAUCUCAGCCAAACUUAAGGAAAAUAAGAAGAAUUGGUUUGGACCAAGCCCUUAUGUAGAAGUCACAGUAGAUGGGCAGUCAAAGAAGACAGAAAAAUGCAACAAUACAAACAGUCCCAAGUGGAAGCAACCACUUACAGUGAUUUGUCAAGUAAAAUGGAAAGUUUCCAAUAUAUUGAAACGUAAAUCCAUAAGUCACCAUAAAUACAACUCCCAAUACAGGAAAACCACAACAACAAAUUCAUACUUUCCCUGUAACAGCCAUGAACUGAUCCUUGGACACUUGCUCAGUGUAGCAGAUGUGGCCUGCUGGAUGUGGAGCACACUAUGGCUUUGGAGUCACAUACAUCUGACAGGGCUGUGGCAUUGUUGGCUUGACUCAAGAAGCAAAGCAGGUCCUUCACAGAAUGAUGGUUGCAGACCCAAAGAUGAAACAAGAGUGAGCACAAAUGGAUCAGAUGACCUUGAGGCUGCAGUGUCGGGAGAUAACAAGAGGACAAACGGGAACAAUUCUCCAUCCCUUUCAAAUGGUGGUUUUAAGCCUUCUAGACCUCCGAGACCUUCGAGACCACCUCCACCCACCCCACGAAGACCAGCAUCUGUGAACGGUUCACCAUCCACCAGUUCUGAAAGUGACGGUUCGAGUACAGGCUCUUUGCCACCAACAAAUACAAAUGUAAAUACAAACACAAGUACAUCUGAAGGAGCAACAUCUGGGUUAAUAAUUCCUCUUACUAUAUCAGGAGGCUCAGGCCCAAGGCCACUGAAUACUGUAAGUCAAGCUCCCCUACCACCUGGGUGGGAACAGAGAGUAGACCAGCAUGGGCGUGUUUACUAUGUAGACCAUGUUGAAAAGCGAACAACAUGGGAUAGACCAGAACCUCUACCUCCUGGUUGGGAACGGCGUGUGGACAAUAUGGGACGUAUUUAUUAUGUUGACCAUUUCACAAGAACAACAACAUGGCAGAGGCCAACAGUGGAAUCUGUCCGGAACUAUGAACAGUGGCAGCUACAACGUAGUCAGCUUCAGGGAGCAAUGCAGCAGUUUAACCAGAGAUUCAUCUAUGGGAAUCAAGAUUUGUUUGCUACAUCACAGAAUAAAGAAUUUGAUCCCCUUGGUCCUCUGCCCCCUGGAUGGGAGAAGAGAACUGAUAGCAAUGGCAGAGUGUAUUUUGUCAACCACAACACUCGAAUUACACAGUGGGAAGACCCCAGAAGCCAAGGUCAAUUAAAUGAAAAGCCCUUACCUGAAGGCUGGGAAAUGAGAUUCACAGUGGAUGGGAUUCCAUAUUUUGUGGACCACAAUAAAAGAACAACCACCUACAUAGAUCCACGUACAGGAAAAUCUGCCCUAGACAAUGGACCCCAGAUAGCAUAUGUUCGGGACUUCAAGGCAAAGGUUCAAUAUUUCCGUUUCUGGUGUCAGCAACUGGCCAUGCCACAGCAUAUAAAGAUCACGGUGACAAGAAAAACAUUGUUUGAGGAUUCCUUUCAACAGAUAAUGAGCUUCAGCCCGCAAGAUCUGAGAAGACGUUUGUGGGUGAUUUUCCCAGGAGAAGAAGGAUUAGAUUAUGGAGGUGUAGCAAGGUAUUUUAAACUAGGGCCACAGCAUGGCUCAGUGGAUAAAAGUGCCUGCCACAGACCCUGGUACCUACAGAAGAGAGACCAACUCCCCCAAACUGUCAUAAUAGUGCCAAUUUCAUUUUGCAGAGAAAACAAUAUUGAAGAAUGUGGUUUGGAAAUGUACUUCUCUGUUGAUAAAGAAAUUCUAGGUGAAAUUAAGAGUCAUGAUUUGAAACCCAAUGGAGGCAAUAUUCUUGUGACAGAAGAAAAUAAGGAGGAAUACAUCAGGAUGGUAGCUGAGUGGAGAUUGUCUCGAGGUGUUGAAGAACAGACACAAGCUUUCUUUGAGGGCUUUAAUGAAAUUCUUCCCCAGCAAUAUUUACAAUAUUUUGAUGCAAAAGAAUUAGAGGUCCUUUUGUGUGGAAUGCAAGAGAUCGACUUGAAUGACUGGCAGAGACAUGCCAUCUAUCGCCACUACACAAGGACGAGCAAACAGAUCAUGUGGUUUUGGCAGUUUGUUAAAGAAAUUGAUAACGAGAAGAGGAUGAGACUUCUGCAGUUUGUUACUGGAACCUGCCGCCUGCCAGUAGGAGGAUUUGCUGACCUCAUGGGGAGUAAUGGACCACAGAAGUUCUGCAUCGAGAAAGUUGGGAAAGAAAAUUGGUUACCCAGAAGCCAUACCUGUUUUAACCGUCUGGACCUCCCACCCUACAAGAGCUAUGAGCAACUGAAGGAAAAGCUGUUGUUUGCCAUUGAAGAAACAGAAGGAUUUGGACAAGAGUAACUGUUGAGACCUUAGGCCACCAGAGGACAGGAACUCAUCUGCAGUGCCUGUCCCUUCCUUCUCUGCCUGUUGCACAUCUUAUUGUAAACUUGGACUGUGACUAGAGAGUUAUCUGAGUGUAUGUAGAUUAAUGUUGUUGGGAUUUACCUUCCAGUGAUUCUGGAUUUCUCCUCAGCGUUUCCAGAAAGCAGAUCUACAGACAGUAGUCAGAAACUUACUUAACAAGAGAUUUAACACAGCGAUGAAAUCUCCCUUGUCUUAUUCCACUAGAUUGUUCCCUUAACAACAGUUUUCUGUGUGUCAGUAUCACUUGGGAGUCGGUCUCUUGAUGACUAUUGUAACGAUUCUGCAGACACACAAGGAUGUCUCCAAAACUGCAAUACACAAGUCUUCCUGGUACAGCCUCUAGCUAGGAGGUGCUCGACAACAGUGCAAGCUCAGCCGCUUGUGCUCUCCCUCAUUUCAGCCUGGCCUGACUGUUGUUCAUUCCUGGAGCAUGAACCUGUGCGUCCUUCUGAUGUUAUUCCUGGAAGUGACGCAGGAUCUUACCCUUUCUACAAAGUAGUUUUGUCUAUUUGAAUUCAGGGAAAACUUGGUCCCCGCUGACAUAGAUUCAUACCUCUCUCCAUUCAGUUUAUAAUUAUUUGAUUGCCUUUCAGAUACUAAAUUUUACAAACAGUAUCAGCAUCAUGGUUCCUUCACGGUUUUUUUUUGUUGUUGUUGUUUUUGUUUGUUUGUUUGUUUUGUUUGUUUGUUUUUCGAGACAGCGUUUCUCUGUGGCUUUGGAGCCUGUCCUGGAACUAGCUCUUGUAGACCAGGCUGAUCUUGAACUCACAGAGAUCCGCCUGCCUCUGCCUCCCAAGUGCUGGGAUUAAAGGCGUGCGCCACCACCGCCCGGCUAGUUCCUUCAGUUUUAACCUAGAAUCAAAAUUAUUUUGAAUUCAUCUAAGAUCAUUUUUGUUUUUUAAAUCCUACACAUAAAUUGAAGUUUAGUGGUUUUAUCAUAAUCCAACACCCUAGUUACUUUUCGUUAUCGCUAACGUAUUCAUGUUGCAGUCAUUUCUAAUCCAAAUAGAGGUCAGUGGUGCAGUCUUUGAAAUAGGACAGUGUCCAGCAGCAAGUUUGUGCUGUCUUCGCAUGUCCCGCCUCCUCCACACGAAGGAGCAGGUGCCUCCAUCUUACAUGGCCCUGCUCCACAAUAUUUUCCUGACCCCUAAAAAUUCUAGAUUUUCCAUUUUUCUUCAUGACUCCCCCUUUAGUAACUGAUGAAUGCACUUUUAUUUUCUCUGAUAGACUGUCAGGGUGACUGCUGCCACAGAUAUGACUUUAUGGGCAGUGAGAUGAAGCCUCAGCCAGUCGAGUCCCUAUUGUAGCCAAAUCCCAAGAACAGCCUUAUAACUCUAACAGGGACUUACGACAUGUGUCGGUGGCAUAGCAUGAACAUGUAGCAUGAAGCCAAGAAUACACAGAGAGAGUGACAAACCCCUGUUCCAUAGGAAAGAAAAUGUUUUUAUGUCCCUAGCUGCUCUUCUUGUUCUCAUCCUGGAACAACAUUUUGAACAUGCGCAGCUGGACUCUUUAACACUGCCAUUGUCAGCAGAGACAUGCGUGACUCAGCUAGAAACGGUCAGUGAAGGGAAAGCUCAGCUUCCUCCAGCCCUCUUUCUUACCCUGUACACCACAGGACAUACAUGACUCCUCUAGAAGCCCUAGUUAUUUCCAUAGUAGGAUCUCUCUGCCUUUUUGUUGGUAGGGUUAAAAAAUACAUAUGCUAUUGCUUUGUCUUACAGAGCGAAUGUCUGCCAAUCACCCGUUCACUACAUAGGCCUGGACUUUAAUAUAUGGCUAUAAAUACUAAGCCUUCUACAAAGACCUCCCAUUGGAUCAAAUUCUUGUACUAAAAUGUAGUCAUCUACCAUAUCCACUAGAGACUUAUGAGAUUAAGAGAUAAUGUAAGAAAAUAGGCUUUGUUGAUUCUGCAUAAUGCUUCAUGAUUCAUUUAGGGACCUAGAGAUAUUAUGUGAAAAUGUAUAAAUAUCACCCAAAAGGCUUUCUGCCCUAUAUUUUUAAAAUACAGAAGUUAUAUUUGAAGUAGUCCUGGCCCUAGUUCUAUAGGGCUUGGCUAUUUAAUAUUUUUAUGGAAGAAAUGUUUAGUUCUGGAAAAGGUAAAUGCUUGUAUAUAUUUUUGCAGCCCUGGGGUCUCCCAAACUCCAUUUCUUCCUUUAAUUUAAAUGGUCACAUGUAUAUGUCUUCCCUGCUGUGUUAGGAAAAUGGGGGCUGGAUAUCCCAAGAAUCAGAGAUUAUAUAAAAUAACGCAACUAAGCAGCAGACAUAAAUAUUUACCAAAUGCUCUCACAGUUUGGUUCAGAGUGAGCAUUUGGAAAUAGGUUUAUUGUGUUUAAUUUGCGCUUUUCCUUAAAUCUGGACUAAGUUGCUUUUAAGAAUUUUUUCUCUGUAAGCAUUGUAAAUGCUAAUCAAUCCUGUGAAGUUUUUUCUUACUGCAUGUUACAUUGAAAUAAAAACAGAGUAAAAUGA